CUUAUAUUAACAGGGAAACUUGAGGUCGAGCGAUCAUCGAUCAUCGAACACGACGACGAGAAGAGAUACGAAAAUGACAGACGCGUGUAUCCGAUCACUUGUGGAAGCUAUACACGCGAGCCCCACGCAAGCCGUGCUCUAUCUGUCCGGUGGCGCCUCUCAGUCUUUAGGCUGGUUAAUGUCGGUUCCAGGAGCUUCGAACACCUUGCUUGAAACAGUUGUACCGUACUCCAGAAUGCCCAUAAUUCAGUUACUCGGCAAGAUUCCUUCGAGUUAUUGUAGUGAACAGACGGCGGCAAGAAUGGCUGUGCUGGCUUAUAAUCGUGCGCUUAAGCUCUCUAAGCCAGGUUUCCCAGUUCUUGGUGUUGGUUUUACCGGUGCUUUGGCCAGCACACGUCCGAAACUUGGGGACCACAGAUUUCACUUGUCAACUAGGACAUCUGACCGAUUAUUGGUAUCUACAGUUACCCUGUCAAAGGGUUUGCGGACUCGAGAGGAAGAAGAUAAGGUCUCAAGUCACUAUUUACUUAGGGGGAUUGCAAAUGCAUGCAAAGUCCCAGCAACAUUUGUUUCUGGGUUGACUGAAUCUGAAAAAGUUACUGAAUCUGAGCAACAGUUCAGUGAAGAACAAGAAUUAGAACAACUCUUAAAUGGGGAGAUUUGCUUUAAGGUUUAUCCAUUUUCAAGUGGCUUGUCUAAUGAAGAGAGGAAAGUAAUACUUUCUGGUUCAUUUAAUCCAUUACAUGAUGGUCACCUCAAGCUUUUGGAAAUUGCAACUAGCAUUUGUGGCGAUGGUUAUCCAUGCUUUGAAAUAUCAGCAGUCAAUGCGGACAAACCUCCAUUGUCAGUAUCCCAAAUCAAAGAUCGUGUCAAGCAAUUUGAAAAUGUUGGAAAGACUGUAAUUGUUUCAAAUCAGCCUUUUUUUUAUAAGAAAGCUGAACUUUUUCCAGGCAGUGCUUUCGUAAUCGGUGCAGAUACAGUAGCGAGACUUAUUAAUCCUAAAUAUUACGAUGGAGACUACGGGAAGAUGCUGGAGAUACUGAUUGGAUGCAAGAGAACAGGAUGCACCUUCCUUGUUGGUGGCCGUAUUGUGGAUGGUGUUUUCAAGGUUCUUGAAGAUUUUGACAUACCAGAGACAUUACAAGAUAUGUUUGUCCCAAUACCAGCAGAAAAAUUCCGCAUGGAUAUUUCCUCCACUGAAAUAAGGAAAAACCAAACGUAAUUUCUUCUGUAAC